AUGAGCGACCUUCCUGCUGAUGGCCAAGAGGUGGACAUACCGCCUGACAUAUUGCUCAAGCUGGAUCUGACGCUUGGCCCUGGAUCGCAAAUAUCGAAACAUGCGCGGGAAGCGGGCGUCGACGGCUCGUCAACCGCAUCGUCUACAGACUCGUUAACUAUGCUGUUAGAGCGACAACGGCAGCGUCAGCUCAACCACCCAUUGCAUCAGAGCCACAUUUCGGCCUCCGUGGGCUCUGCACGACCUAAGGUCAAGGAAACUACCAAGAUUUCGCUAGAAUACGAUCCAAUUUCCAAACGAAAGGUUUUAAACACAUACGAAAUUAUCGGCGAACUAGGACAUGGCCAACAUGGCAAAGUGAAGCUGGCCAAGGACCUGGUCACCAAGCAGCUGGUGGCCAUCAAAAUUGUGGAUCGGAACGGAAGUAAAAGCGACCGCUUCAGCUUUAAAAAAAAGAAAGGUGGAGACGACAACCAGAUAAAACGGGAAGUGGCAAUCAUGAAAAAGUGCCACCAUAAGCAUGUGGUGAAAUUGAUAGAGGUGCUGGACGACUCCAUGUCGCGCAAGAUUUAUUUGGUGUUGGAGUAUUGUUCCUCAGGAGAAGUCAAGUGGUGUCCAGGCGACCAGCUGGAGACCGAAGCUCAAGGUCCUCCACUGCUCACAUUCCAAAGAGCCCGAGAGAUUUUCAGAGGCGUCAUUUUGGGUUUAGAAUAUUUGCAUUACCAGGGAAUCAUACACCGAGACAUAAAGCCAGCUAAUUUACUAAUUUCUGAAUCGGGCGUCGUCAAAAUCUCUGAUUUUGGCGUUUCAUUUGCCGCCAGCAAAGAUGGGGAAGGCGACGAUACCCUGGACGAACUGGAACUUGCCAAAACCGCCGGAACACCUGCAUUUUUUGCUCCAGAGAUCUGUAUGGGACACGAUGCCUACGAAAGGUAUUGCAAAAACGAUAUUGACUUGCAAAGGGGCUCCAUGAUAUCAAACAAAAUUGAUAUUUGGGCAGUCGGAGUGACUCUACAUUGCCUUUUAUUUGGUAUGCUGCCAUUCCGCUCAGACUACGAAUUGAAAUUAUUUGAUAAAAUCAUAAAUGAUCCACUGACAUUACAGCCCUACGAAGAACUGCCCCACAAGAAAAUCUCUGAAAUUUCUUCCGAACACGAGUAUGAAGCAGCAAAAGACCUGCUACUAAAGUUGCUCACUAAGAAUCCUUUUGAAAGAAUUAGCGUAAAGGACAUCAAAAGGCAUCCGUUCGUUUGUUGGGACUUCGAGAAUGAUAUUGAUAAAAACACCAAUGUUGCACUUUCCAAAGCACGCGAGAAGCUAGAUUUUCAAAGAUCGCAAGACGAAGAAUAUCAGCAAAUUUCAGUCUCUACUCAUGAGUUGGAUAAUGCUGUCUGUGGAAUCGGAAAUAAGCUCAAUCGCUCUGUAUGGAAUGCCUUGGAUUCUGUCAAAAGAGACGGAGAUGACUCUACUCAAACCCUAACCGAACUGAAUAAAGAUACUAAUGACACUAACGACUAUCAUGACCAAACUAAUGACGGUAUCGAUGACCUAAGUCGCUUCUCACAACUCAGCAUAAAAACCAACGACAGCGCACAAGCUAGUAAUGGAAAUUUCAUAUUAAGCGAGGGUCCAUUGGUCAGAGAACGCAGUAGCACGGGUGAGCUUAGCGCAAGAGAAAUAUUUCAGCAAGAAUUGCAGAGGUUCGACAAGAAAAGGGACCCCAACUCCAUUGUGUCAUUGCCCGUCAAUUCUUCUUUCGCUUCACUCGAUAGCUUCUACAUGGACACAUAUGCAGCGCAUCAACCAACAUCACAGGUGAGGUCCGCUGCAGGCACCCCAACGUCCUAUGAGAAGACACCUACUAUUUUCGCCCGUCCUCCACAAGCCCUUUUGAAUUCAAAACACUCGCAGGAUCGCAGGGCUUCAUAUGGCGUCAAUCACAACGCGGUUCCCAGAAAUUCCUACAACAGUACAAGGUACCGUAAUCCACUCGCGAUGAGUCCGAAAUCGGAUCGAGACCCUCGAAAAACGGCGCAGUCAGGACCACCCGUCGUUAGUAGGCUGAUGCAAGGCAACGGUUACGAGGCCCCUCGGGUUAGACAUCCGCCUUGGGGUGAAUUGAAUGCGACGAAUUCUCAUUAUCAGCGUCAAGACGUUUCGAACGCCAAGCGCUCAACGGAAACAUCAUCGCAAGAACAAGGAGUCAGGACCGGUAAACAUCAAGGAAACAAACAGCCAAGCAACGUCAAUGGUCAUCGAGGGAACUUUUUCUCAAGCUACGAUGGAAGUGACGAAGAUGACAGCCAAUCGACCGCCACCAGCGGAGCCUCUUCUUCACAAAAUGAUUAUCACUCUGACGAGUACCGUUCAGAGACUGAAUCUUUACCAUACGAGUUCGGGAUUGACUCAGAACAUGGAAGCACAAUUUCACUCCGGGAUUUACCAACAACCGGCGCUUUCUCAACGUUAGGACCUAGGGCUGUGGAAAACAAAAGUGGAAUGGUGGACGACGUUGACGAGGACAACGAGCUUACUUUGAAUCUCGGGACGGCAGGACAUACUCGCCGACAAGGAUCUGUAUCCAGUAACGCCAGCUCUCAGAGAUACCGGCGUUCUCGGAGACCUUCAUAUAGUCAACCUACCGUAUCCAGUCCGCACGGCCAACUACCAAGUUUUCGAACUAAGAUGUUUGAACCAGCUUCUAUUCCUAAUAACGGAUCUUCAGCUAGUUCUUCUACGCUCACUGCAGGCAACAAUGGUGGCCUUUGCGACACCGUUGUAAACAUAAAUCCAGAAAGCUUGGAAAUCGCACCUGAUGCGGAGGGCUUCAUAUUGGGAGGCGCAAGUGAUGGAAGCGUCGAUAUACCAGCAGACGUUUUGAACAUGAUUCCCGAGUUAAACGUUGAGAGAGAUGAAAGACCGAUGCAAAUCUCCAAGGAGAGGAGUGCUGCAGAAUUCAGCAACUCUUCGUGGAAAACGUCUCAUUCAAAAGGCUCGGGACAGAACUCGCUUAUUUUCGUCAACAAAGCGCCCUUGCCCUCGACGCAAGAAGUCAGUGUUAGCCCCGUCGUUAACACGCCGCUGAGACGAGACCGCGCUCAUGUUACUUCCAAGGACUUGCUUCAGAGUGUCUUGACCUCCGCGGGUUCAAGUAGAAGACCAUCUGUAUCUCCCAUGGCGCAUAGCGUCUUGAAGCGCGACCACUUAAACGACACCUAUGUCAACCAUUAUGAGGGCAAGCGUGAGACGAAAUAUUCCUCCAAAUCUCAGACAAGAAGAAAACCAGAGAAGAGCAGGGACUUGGAGGGACGCUAUAGAUCGAAAUCAGUGAGUGUGGGGCUGUUAAACGACCGUAGACCAUCGGAACAACUCAACUCCUAG